GUUCUGUCAGCUGAGAGCUGCAUUGGUGCAAGUUUCACAAGCAAAGUAUACACGACCACAGAUGGGGCCCUAUCAACAGAGACCGUGUUUCUUGUAGAAUUUCAGCUGUCUUGCAAGAAUAAAAUCGCAAAUAUUUUCUUGAAUGCUGAAGUGGACGGAAAGCAGAUCCCAGUGUCACGUUCAGGAGAUAAUCAAUACCAGGUGAGCUGGAAAGCAGAUCAUAAGGACGCCCCAGCAGGCCUUUACAAUGUUGGUAUCUAUGAUGAAGAAGGUUUUAGUGCACUCCGAAAGGCCCUGAGAGCAGGAGAAGAAUCUAAAGUGAAACCUUUGAUAACUAUUCCCAUUGAUCAUCCAGGUGUUUCAACAGGACCUUGGGUUAGUACAGAGAUCAUUGCUACAGGAAUAGCUGGCCUUGUAUGGUAUGCAGCAUUCGCUACAAAAAAGAAUAUUCAGUCAUAAUGAUCUUCCUUAAAAUAAAGUGUCGUCAUAGUUUAGAUUAGUUCAUGAGCCUAUAUAGAAACACAAUACAUGUAGCAUAGUCUGAAACUUUGUACUCAUUGUACCUUUUUCAGUUGGGCAAAAAGGUAAAAUGGUUUUAGACAUCUUAACAAAAGUCGAGCCAAGAGCCGGAGUCCCCUUCAGCGUCUUUUCCUGCUUAAUCAUCUCUAUUCUUUUAAAUAGGAUAGCAUGUGUUGCUGAAAGACGAUGGUCUUGGCUUUUGUGAAGCUACCUUACAAUUUAAAUGCAAAACAUGUUGGGUACCUGCGUGACUGAAUUAUAGUCUAAUUAUAAAGUUAUGAAGAUCUCAAGUACAGUGCCUGGGGAGUGGGAAUGAAAUAUUUCUAAAUAAAGAUUAGAUAUACUUGUGAUAUUUAAAAAUUUGUGUGCCAACUUGGCAAUAAUUACAGGUUUAUUCAAAUGAAAUGAACACAGUAUUUAAGAUGAGGUUCAUUUUGCAAUUCAGCUUUCUGAUUUCAAUUGUUGGAAAAAGGUAUAUAAAUGGUCCAAGAUGAAAUGGCAUAUUAAAGCUUCUUCAGAUUGAGUAAAAACACAAAAUUUAUGAGUUUGAGUUAUGUAUGCAAUUUUGUCUGUAUCAUGUCACCAUUUUAAAAUGUUUUUAUUUAAAGAUCUUUGAAGUUUGAAUUAGUUGAAAAGAACAUAUUCGAAUAUUUAGUAAAGGUAUUAUGUCCAUAGAUUAAGAGAAUGCAUGUACUUUGUCCCCUAUGAAAGAAAUGUAAUUAAUGUAGAAACUAGGCAUGUCGGAGGUACACUUUUCCAUCAUCUGAUUUGUGAAGCAUGAAGAUAGUAUAGAUAAAAUAGUGAUAUGAAUAUAGAUAGAUGGUGUAAAAAUUCUUCUAUGAAUACUUUAUUUUCUCCCAAUGUUUUCCUGUUGCAUUAGGGGGGGGGGCAUGGUCCUAAUGAGAAAUGUGUUCCUUCUGCAAAUAAGAUCAAAACGGCAAAAAGACAGAUAAUAAUUAUAUGCAGUUAUAUACUCAUACAUUUCUGGUUGGAAAGUGCUUGUGACACUUGGAUUGACCUUUGACAUUUCAUAAUUCAUAUCAGGUAUGGACUCAAAUGAAUAUCUCUGUAGGUUCUCUAUUGAUAUGAUGAUGUUGCUAGCUCGCACUUCCCAGGCAUCGAGAGUGGCGCCUUUUGCGUUCAUAGUCGCAAAGUCAGAAAUCUCAAUUGUCAGGCUUUCCCAAUUUAUAAAACAAUUGCUUGUGGACAGUUAUUGUAUGCUUUAUUGUCAUAGCAUUUCUUGAUUUAUGGUUUGAUUAAUAACUUGAUAUGAAACGUGUAUCGUGCUAAUAGUGAUAAACUGUUUGGUUUAAAAAAAUGGCUUUUCAGUGAUGGCUUAAAGUCCUCCCAAAAUAAAAAUUUUGAUCACUGGUAUAUGAGAACAUUUUGUGUCUUUCUCAUUCAUUCUUAGAACUUUAUUUAAAAUACAGAGAGGCGGGAAUGUAAUUCUGGAAUUUUAUCAUCGUGUUAUAUCAGUUGGUAUUUGGACCAAACUAUGUCAGAAUUAAAUUUUCAGGAUUUAAACUA